GCUUUCUUCAUCCACCAUCUUCCUUUCUUUGUUCAUAUAGUAGUUACUACAUCACAAUGGCUCUCCCACGUCUCUCCUUGCCAUUCUCCUUACUUCUACUUUCAUUGCUAGUUAUUGCUUCGGCUGGCGAUUAUAGCGAUGCUUCAUCUAAAUAUGGUUUCGAUGGAAUACCGGCUGACAGCCCUCAGGCAAAGCCAGAUGAAGCAGAAAUACCUCAUUAUGGCACCAAACCAGACUACUACAAGCCCCAACCAACAUACAAAGACAAGUCUGAGGGAAAUGAAAAGCCUGCAGGUUACUACACGACACCAUACGUUAUUAAACCAAAGCCAGAAGGAGAAGAAAAGCCUAAUCACAAGCCUGAACCUGAAGAAGAAAAACAUUAUUAUGGUAGUAAACCAGACAACUACAAGCAAACAAAGGAAGGUGAAAAACCCGAAAAUGAAAGAAAACCAUACGUCGUUAAACCAGAGCCAAAAGGUGAAGAAAAGUCUUACGAUGGCACAAAACCAGAAGAAAUGAAUAAUCGUAUCUCCAUUGCUGUUCAAGGGCUUGUUUUAUGUAACACAGGUUCCAAGUAUUACCCAAUUCAAGGGGCUUCUGCAACGAUAACAUGUAAAGCUGUUGAUGAGGUAGGGGCCGAGAGAACUGUCUCCAUUUGCAGCAAAGCAACUGAUACAAAAGGUUACUUCUUUGCUACAUUGUCUGAUCAAGGUCGUGACAAGUUGAAGCUUAAAGAGUGCAAGGCGUACCUUAAAAGCUCUCCAUUGGAGGCCUGCAAUGUUCCCACUAAUGUCAACAAAGCCAUUGAGGGUGCUCGUCUUUCUGCUUUCCGUGUUCUAAAGGAGAAGAAGACGAAAUUGUAUUCUGUGGGGCCUUUCUUCUACACCACCCAAGCUAAACCAACGGCAGCCCCUAAAUAUGGUUACUAAAGUUGAAUCCUUUCCUCUUGACUAUACAAUCUAAUUUCCUCCCCCAUUUUGAUAUUCUGUUUUGAAGUUUGAGAUGGCAACUUGAGUUGAUUCUUUCCUGUGUUAAUUUCCAUCUUUUUUUUAAGUGAACCUUGUUUGAUUUGAUGAUUGGCUUGCUCCAGUAGUAGCCUCUUUCCGGAACUUGUAAUGAACAUUGGUCUAUCUAUAAUAUUUUGAAUAUCAUUUGUUUUUAAUAAA